GCACGAGGCGUCGUACUUGUCGCGUGACAUUUCAUUUUUUAUAUGUGUGUAUAUAUAUAUAUAUAUAUAUUUUUUUUUUAAAAGAAGCAUGCUUAUCGUUAACAGGAUGAAGCAGCUUGUAUAUUUUCUUCUGGUUGGAUUGAACAUUCUUUCUCAUAUGGAAGUGGAUUCAUCAGUCGAUUUGGAAGAAUCAAUAUGUAUUUUUAAAAACGGCGGUGACAGCAGUAUUUGCAGGGGUGAUCUCAAAGUGAUUUAUCCAGAAUUGGGAAAUGCAGCAUGCAUCGUCAUCCCAAAAUGUCAUAAUUUCCGAAAGCUCCUGAGCAAAAAAUGGAGUGCACCUAAUGUUAGAUUUCCUGAUGCCAUGGAGGAUGCAAUGUAUGUGCUGAUGAUGGUGGAUCCUGAUGCUCCAAGCAGGGAGCAUCCAACAUUCCGUUACUGGAGACAUUGGUUGGUUACUGAAAUACAUGGUAGAGAACUCCAGCUUGGAGAAGUUAGAGGCACAGUUCUCACAGCGUAUACGCCUCCCAACCCUCCAUCUGGCACAGGCUACCACCGUUACCAGUUCUUCCUUUACGAGCAACCAGUCAGCAGAACUAUUUCACUGGAUGAACACGAAGCAAAGUCCUUAAGUAAGUCUAUUAAAGAAAGGUCUUUGGGACUUGGAUUCGUUCACUUCCAGAUACAAUCUUGGAAAACCUGUGGUAUCAACCCAAUUCAUGACCGAUAGCUAUAAAGACUGAAAAGAACGCAAUUCUCCAUAAAGUUUCAAAGAGGAAGCUAAGCAUUAGAUAAUACCUGCUGGUGAAACCUCUUCACCUCUGUUGAUUAAGUACUAACAAAGAUCGAUAAGAUGGUACUAUUUUGCUGUUUGACCACACAGGUUAAUUAAAAAAUAAUGUAUAAUAAGGGAUAACCCCUAUCUUUGUCAUGAUUGCAAUAAAAACUGAAUUUGAAGUAUUUUAUCAUCAGUAACAGGAACAGAAAAUUCCAUGAUAUUUAGAUACAUAAUCUGUAACUGUGAUCAACUUUCUACAUACACAGAACAUAGAACAGUACCUCGAUCAGUCAUGACUGAGGGGGGUCUACUAGAACGGUACAGCUCAGGAACAGACCUUACUUACAUCCCUGUGUUUGUGCCGAACAUGGUGCUAAGUUUAACUGAUCUCAUCAGCCUGUACAUGAUCCAUAUCCCUCAAUUCACUGCACUUCCAUGUGCCUUUCUCAAAGCCUCUUAAACACCACCAUCGUGUCUAGCCCCACCACCACCCAUGGCAAUGCAUUCGAGGCCUCCACUACCCUCUGUGGAAGAAACCUUCCCCCGCAUAUCUCCAUUAAACUUUCCCCAUUUUACAUAUUUAUACUAAGAAACAAAGAUGGACUGCUCUUUCUUCCAGGCAUUAUCAAAUCAUACGAUAGGUCUCAUGUGACUAGAAAAGUCAGCAAUCAGAAGCUGCCAUGAGAGAUUACACCCAGUCCCCAAUAGUACCACCAAUACUGGUUGACACCAGGUCAAUGGGUCGUGUAGAUCUCUGUACAUUUUAGUCCACACUAGACAGAAUGUGUUGGCAAUAUUAAUGUGAAAUAUAAUUAGCUCAUAAGGAAAUGUUAUGAAAAGGUUUUGGGGAGAUAUGUAAGAAAAAAACUGCAGAGGCUGGUUUAAAUCGAAGGUAGACACAAAAUGCUGGAGUAACUCAUCGGGUGAGGCAGCAUCUCUGGAGAGAAGGAAUGGGCGACGUUUCGGGUCGAGACCCUUCUUCAGUCUGAAAAGUUGCCCAUUCCUUCUCUCCAGAUAGGCUGCCUCACCCGCUGAGUUACUCCAGCAUUUUGUGUCUACCUUUUGGGGAGAUAUGUUGGCGUGAGAUGUCUAACUAAAUCUAAUUCCGUCAACCUACUUGAUGGUGGAGAGAUGCUUUUAUGUUUGCUUUAUUUUUGCUAUGAAUUUAUUAAGGGAGAUAUCAGUUUCUGUUCUGUUUUGACGAAACAAUCUUAUGAUUCACCAAACAAAAGGUAUGGAGUUAAGAGUAGGCCAAACUAGUGUUUAAAACAUGCGUAACUAGAUGAGCACACUUUGGUACCAACCUAUGCACUGAUCAUAUUUGCACAAGAUUGUAAGAUAAUUACAAUGAAGAAAUGUAUUUUCGCUGUAUUAGUUCAUUGUCUGAGGAAAUUCACCCAUAGUAACACCUGAUUGCAAUUUAUCUGAUUGUCUUUAAUACCAUACCAAGUAUUUGGUCUUUACGUGAUAAUAAAACAUCCGACUUCAUUGCCUUCCAUUUACUUGAAUGUGUUCAUCCUUGUUUCGUUCCAGAUUUAGUUAUAUAAAUUAUCGGGUUUCAUCUUUCCCUAGUCAGUUAUAUAAAACACAACUUUAAAUUCAUCCAUUCUAGAAUGGAAGGCUAAGAAUCUCGUUUUUGAAUAACCUUUCCACAUGUCUCCUUUUCCCACCCAACUCCUUACUUCCAUGUUACUGCAUUCAUCUAAAUGAGGGCAGUGGAGAAUGUGAGUAUACCUAGUCUCAGUCCCAGCACAAAAUGAGGAACAGCAAACUAGACCCUCACACCCUGUUUGCACUUUCAAUUGUGAACAUUUGCUCGUACAUUUUAUAAAGGAUUAAAAUGCUUGAGGCUUCAGUGAAUGGUACUCAGCUACCUGAUUGGCUUAUCAGGACUAACCAAUUUUCUUAUUAAUUGAAGUGAACAUAAUUGGUAAGCUUCAAGAUUUGGGUAAUGUUAAAACGCAUGAAUUUUGUAAGUUCCUUUGAUAUGAAUUGAUUUUUGAUAAAACCAUUUAGGUCGGCAAAAUAAAACACUACGCUGUCGUGGAUUUAGCUGAGAUCUGUUAUGCAAACUACUAAAUCACACUUGGUUUAUUCUUCUGAAGGAGUUUCAAUUUUAUUCACUUUUCCUUUCUGUGCCCCUUUCUGUAGUUUGUAAUCAAAGCAACGAAUAAAACACUGCUUGAUGUAGUUAAAAUACAACCAGCUUUUUCAUCACAUAGACAUAACUAAAUCAGACAGAAUUUAUUUCUUCUUUUCCCCCACUCACUACAGUGGUAUCAACUCUGGUUUUGCUUUUUUAGUUUUAAGAUAUAGGAUGGAAACUGGCCUUUCGGCCCACCGAGUUCAUGCUGACCAGUGAUUCCCUUACACUGACACACUAGGGACAAUUUACAAUUUUACCAAGCCAAUUAGCCUACAAACCUUUACAUCUUUGGAGUGUGGAAGGAAACCGGAGCACCCGGGGAAAACCCGCACAGUUCACAUGAAGAACGUACAAACUCCAUCCAGACAGCACCCACAGUCAGGAUCGAACCUGUGUCCCUAUAUCUGUAAGGCAGUAACUCUACUGCUGCGCCUCUGUGCCACCCAAAACGUAUUGAAAGGGUGCAAUGUGGACGUUGAAUAAAAGACACCUUGCAUUUUUGCAGUGUUCUACAUUGGAACAUUUUCCACAUGGGACCAAGGCCAUGUCCAGGGCAAAAUAAAGAGGGCGGCACCCCCACUAAAUACGGCAGGGGCUGGAGUCCGGUUAACACAGGGCCAAAGGGGGAUUUUUACCAAGGUUCAGGACUUGGUUGUUGAACAGUGGUUCAUUAUUAUCA